UCCAAACAAUGUUCUUAACUUCAAUGCGACUCCUUUUCUUUUAUGUAUUCUUUGUGUGGCUUAAAGCUUCACUAGCCACCAACAUUUUAGGAAAUGGGACCGAUGUUAUAGCAUUGCUUCGGUUUAAAGAAUCAAUAUCCAAUGACCCAUAUGGAGUUUUAAGCUCAUGGAAUACUUCAAGCCACUUCUGCAACUGGCAUGGAAUCACAUGCAGCAUUAAGCAUCAAAGAGUGCAACACUUGAGCCUUCAACUAUGUCAGUUGCAUGGCACAAUAUCUCCAUACAUUGGAAAUCUUUCUUUCUUGCAAACUCUCAACCUUGCGAGCAAUAGCUUCUAUGGAGAAAUCCCUCGGGAGAUAGGUCGUUUAUUCAGAUUACAACAACUCUACCUCCCGGAUAACAAACUGACAGGAGAGUUUCCUGUCAGUUUGACUAAUUGCUCGGAGCUAAGGCUUCUAAACAUGUCGAGUAACAAUCUCUACGGCCAAAUACCAAUGGAGAUUGGCACUCUUAAGAAGCUUGAAAAGUUGAGUCUUAACAAGAAUAACUACUCUGGAGAAAUUCCAUCUUCCAUAUGGAAUAUCUCUUCUCUAAGUAUUCUUUCUAUGGGUUAUAAUUACUUGGAAGGUAAGAUACCUGAAGAAAUUGGAAAAUUAAAAAGCUUAUCAGGUUUCGCCAUUGGUGCCAAUAAACUGUCCGGGGAGCUUCCUUCUUCGCUUUACAAUCUGUCCUCCCUCACUCUAUUCUAUGCUGCAGACAACCAGUUUCAUGGCUCCCUUCCAUCCAACAUGUUCUACAACCUCAUCAGUCUGCAAGAGAUUGGCAUUGGAGGGAAUCAAAUUUCAGGUCCAAUUCCAACUUCUAUUUCAAAUGCAUCUUCACUUCAACUUUUUGAUAUUGGCUAUUGCAGUUUUGUUGGAAAAGUUCCAAAUCUAGGAAACCUGAAGGAUCUUUAUUGGCUAAAUUUAAACUACAACAAUCUUGGUAGUAAUUCAACUCUAGACUUGGAUUUCAUAACAUCUUUGAUUAAUUGUACUGAAUUGGAAAGUUUGGUUUUGAGUUCCAACAAUUUUGGAGGUGUUUUACCCAACUCUAUAGGGAAUUUGUCAACUCAACUCACUGAAAUUAGUCUUGAUUUUAAUCACAUACAUGGAACUAUCCCUGAAACUAUAUGCAAUAACAUAAACUUAAUUACCUUGAAUUUGGAAUAUAACCAACUUACCGGGUUUGUUCCAAAUUCUUUUGGAAAGUUUCAGAAAAUGCAACUAUUGAGUUUGGGUGCAAACCACCUUAUUGGUGACAUACCUUUCUCCUUGGGUAACCUCACUCAACUGCUUGAAAUAAGAAUUUCAAACAACAUGUUGCAUGGGAAAAUUCCACCAAGUAUUGGAAAUUGGCAAAACUUGUUGUACUUAGAUUUUUCAGGAAACAAUUUUAGUGGUGCUAUACCAGUGGAAGUUUUUAGCCUUUCAUCCUUGUCCACAAAUCUGAACUUAUCUCAUAAUUCACUGAAUGGCACUCUUCCUGUUGAGGUUGGAGCUCUUGGAAACCUUGGAACUUUGGAUAUCUCCAAUAACUAUCUAUCUGGCCAGAUUCCUAUGACUAUUGGAAAGUGCACAAGUAUGGAAUAUUUAGACUUAAAUGGUAAUUCUUUCAGUGGUAUGAUACCUUCAUCAAUAGCUUCAUUGAAAGGCCUUUCUCAUUUGGAUCUCUCGCGAAAUAACUUGUCCGGAUCAAUUCCAACAGAUAUGCAGAGGCUUUCUCUUCUAACAUAUUUGAAUGUGUCUUUCAAUAUGCUAGAAGGGAAGGUACCAUUGGAGGGUGUAUUCAAGAAUGCAACUGCAAUUUCAAUUGUUGGUAAUAAUAAGCUUUGUGGAGGUGUCUUACAGUUACAUCUUGCACCAUGCCCUGCCAAUGUUAUGGCAAGAAGCAAUCACCAUAAUUUGAAGCUAGCCAUAAUCGUAAUUUGUGUGGUUGUAUGCCUUAUUUUGCUUUCAAUUGUUGUUGUUGUUUUCUUGAGCAAGAAGAAAAAAAGAACAUCAUCUUUGACAGCAUCAACAAAUCAGUAUUCAAUGGUGUCAUACCAAAUCCUACAUCAUUCAACAGAGGGGUUUUCUACCAGUAACUUGAUUGGAUCUGGUAGCUUUGGUUGUGUGUAUAAAGGAUUCCUUGAAUCCGAACACAAGUUCGUCGCCAUAAAGGUGAUAAACCUUCAAAUGAGUGGAGCUCACAAGAGUUUCAUUGCUGAAUGUAAUGCUCUAAAAUUUAUCAGGCAUCGAAAUCUGGUGAAGAUUUUAACAUGUUGCUCGAGCAUAGAUUAUAGUGGCCAAGAAUUUAAAGCAUUAGUGUUUGAGUACAUGCCUAAUGGAAGCUUAGAAAAGUGGUUGCAUCCUAGUGCUGAAAUCACAGAUAGGCUAUAUACAUUAGACCUUACUCAAAGACUAAAUAUUGUUGUUGAUGUGGCUUCUGCAUUACAUUAUCUUCACUAUGGAUGUGAACAACCUAUUGUUCAUUGUGAUCUAAAGCCAGAGAAUGUGCUUCUUGAUGAUGACAUGGUUGCUCAUGUGACUGAUUUCGGAUUAGCAAGGCUUCUCUCAAUGACUAAUGGUGAUCCUCAUAAUCAAUCUACCACAACUGUGUUAAAGGGAACUAUUGGAUAUGCUCCUCCAGAGUAUGGAAUGAGUUGUGAGGUGUCAAUGCAAGGUGAUGUGUAUUCAUUUGGAAUUCUAGUAUUGGAAAUGGUGACUGGAAGGAGGCCAAUGGAAGAAAUGUUUAAGGAUGAUAACAAUCUUCAUAACUAUGUGAAGAUGGCAUACUCACACAAUCUUCUAGAGAUUAUGGACUCAACUCUUUUGCCAAAACAAAUUGGAGAAGAAGAAAACUACACAAAGAAGCUCACCAUGUGUGUAUUUUCUCUAAUUAGAAUUGGACUUGCUUGUUCAGUUGAAUCACCGAAUGAAAGAAUGAACAUGGCAGAUGUCACUAGGGAGCUAAACCUUACCAAAGAUAUAUUUCUUCAAGAUUGAUAUAUAAAUGAAUGCUACUAAAU